CUUUGAUUGAUCAUGGAUCUGGAAAUUGGAAGGUAUCCCUUCUCUUUUCUUUGUUUGAUGUGGAUACUGUCAGGAUUAUCAUAUCUAUUUCUCUUCCCAUCUUUCCUGUGUCUAACCGCCUUGUGUAGUUGUGUGAUACUAUGAUAAAUCAAGCAUUCCCAAGGAGGUUCUUAGCCCUUUCGUGUUAGGGUAUUGGCACAUUUGUAAGGCUUGGUGCUCCACCACUUGUGAUGAUGUUCAAUUCCUCCCGUCUACCAUGGUGUGUCAGUUUCAUUCACAAGUGGAAGAAUGGAAUUCUACUCAAGCAGCUUUGCCUGCUUCAAGUAGUCGUCGUUCCUCUCAAUCUGUCUCCUCCUCCAAUUCCUCCGGGUUCUAUCUUAGUUCAAUUUGAUGGAGCUCCAAAAACUUUUGUUGGGGGGAGGGGGUGGAAUUUUUUUUGGUUUUACAGGGGCAAAUGGUGUUUACUUCGCCUUUGGGAAGUU